AUGGUCUUCAAGUCGCCGUUCCCCGAGGUGCCGCCCCUGCCUGACCAGAACGUGCACGACUUCAUAUUCAACUCGGGGCGGAUCCCGGAGAAGGACUACGUCCUCCAUAUCGACGGCCUGACGGGGGAGAAGCGGACGCGUUCCGAGUUCGUCGAGAGGGUGCGGACUGCUGCUACGGCAUUAUGCCAACCUCAUCCCAGAGGUCCCGGGAUCGGUCAUAACUCACUGGACUAUAUAGUCCUCGUUCAUUCGCUUCUCGUGCUCGCGACUCCGCUUGCACUCCUGUCUGCCUAUGCAACCGCCUAUGAGCUAGCCUACGCCAUACGCACGUCCAAGGCGACAUGCCUUUUCGUCGGACCCGACCUAUUUCCUGUCGCGCUUCAAGCAGCCCGGGAGGUUGGCCUGCCGGAAGAGCGAAUAUAUGUACUCAGCGGACACAUCAAGGGGAAGAAGAGUUUGGCGGAUUUCAUUGACGAGACCCGCGAACGACGGACGCCUGCGGUACCCGUGAGGCCAGCUACCAAAGACACACUGGCCUACCUUGUGUUCUCCAGCGGCACAACGGGGCUGCCAAAAGCCGUCAUGGUUACGCACGGGAACAUCGCUGUUUCGUAUAUGCAGAACGACAUCUGUCUCAAGGCGGUUGGUCUGCCUACGCCACCAGUUCCCCCAGUGGGGCUCGCAUUUCUGCCGUACUAUCACACUUACGGCCUGCAUAUGAUCUGCCUGCGUGGGCUCUGGGCUCCUGUGACAUUCGUUGUCAUCCCAAAGUGGGACGCGAACCUCGUCCUCAGACUCAUCCCGAAUUGCUGCGCCGGAGGAUUUCGCUACGUCAUGUCGAUCGUCUCCGGCGCCGCACAUCUGCCUCCUAAGCUCGCGGAGUUCUUUAGGAAGGCGAUAAGAGCGGGGCCCGAUUCGUGGUUUGGGAUGUCAGAGGUGGUGAGUCGAGGCCAGCAGCACUCGAGGUUAACUUGGAGCUCAACCAUCCUAGACGAUCAGCUCCUGCUGCCCAGCAUGGAAGGCAAGAUCGUGAAGGAAGAUGGAUUGAGGCGGCGUGAACGAGGCGGGCGAGCUGUGGUGAAAGGAGGGAACGUCGUCCCUGGCUACUGGGGCAACGACAAAGCGACGCGAGAGACGUUCUCGGAUGGCUGGUUGAAGACCGGCGACCAGUUCAAGGUGGACGAACUCGGCAGACUUACCAAGGACACCCUCAAGGUCUCGGGUUCGCAGGUCGCGCCUACAGAGAUCGAAGCGCUCCUCAUGGCACACCCGGAGGGCCUCAUCCAGGACGCAUGUGUCGCAGGCGUGUCUGGUGGACGGACGUCAGACGAGAAGGUCCCGCGUGCAUGGGUAGUCCUCAGCGACAGCGGCCGCAGAAUAGGGUCCCGCGAGGUCGUCCAGAAGCUGGAGGAGUGGACGAAGAAGAACCUGAGCAAGUACAAGUGGUUGAGAGCAGGGAUUGAUACUGUGGAUGAGAUACCGAAGUCGCCCACGGGGAAGGUGCUCCGCCGUGUGCUGCAAGACCGUCACGAGAGCGAACAGCGCAAGCCUCUUGCGAGGUUAUGA